AAUGUAAUCAUCUGUCUUUGUGUUCAGCAGAACAAAGACAUUUAUUAAGGUUUGGGUGAGUAAAUGAUGACACAAUUUUUAGUUUUGGGUGAACUAUCCCUUUAAUGAAACAGAUUUCACGCACUGAUCAGGCUAUGCCCUACAGUACAUUUUAUCCCAGGUAAGGGGUUUUCUUUGUCACAAAAUGAAAUUAAUUCCUGAAACCCCCCUUGACUGUGUUAUGCAUGGCCAGUGGCAUAAUGCUUUUUAGUAAAGACCAGAAUUGCUCAAUUAUUAAAGGGACAUUCCACUUUUUAAAAAAAUAUGCUCAUUUUCCAGCUCCCCUAGAGUUAACAUUUGAUUUUUACCACUUUGUAAUCCAUUUAGCUGAUCUCCGGGUCUGGCUCUAGCACUUUUAGCAUAGCUUAGCCCUAUCCAUUAAAUCUGAUUAGACCAUUAGCAUCACGCUAAAAAAUAACCAAAGAGUUUCAAUAUUUUUCCUAUUUAAAACUUUACUCUUCUGUAGUUACAUCGUGUACUAAGACCGACAGAUAUGGUUUGGACCAUGCUCUCAUUCUGGUGUAUUAAUCAAGGACUUUGCUGCUGUUACAUGGCUACAGUAGGCGUAGUGAUAUUACUCACUGCCGAAAAUAGUCCCCUGCCAUUGAAAGUAACCAAUGGGACAAUUUUCUCUGGACUCACAGCCUGUAAGUUAACGUCUGUUAGCAUUGCAUUGUGAGCAAAUCUUUCAAACAUGGUAGGGAGCGUCACAUUUCCGGCUGAUCUCAGAGGUAUUCAGGCCAAUCACAAUGUACAGAUUAGCUGGCCAAUCAGGGACAUAGCAAUUUUCAAAUCGAUGAGUUUUGUCGAAAAUCCGGAAGAAAGGGAAAUUUGAAACUACAAAAAUGUACAGUGUGUGGAAAUAUACCAAAUACACAAAAUAAUGUUUUUUUUUAUAGCAAUGAUUAUGUGCACUUUAAUAUAAAAUGUACAGUCAUAUAAGCGAGUAUAUCGCCAUUUUUUAUUUUACCUUUAGUUUAUUUAUAAUUCUGGAUUUGCAUUAUCCCUUUUGUAUUAGGGGUGGACAUGUGUGCCCAUCCAUAUUAGGUAAACAUUUUUGCAUUUUGCAGAUGCUUUUAUCCAAAGCGACUUGCAGUGCAUUAUCAGGUAUGCAUUUUUAUCAGUAUGUGUGUUCAUUGGGUUCAAACCUAUGACAUUUUGCACUGCUAACGCAAUGCUCUACUACUAAACUAUACAGGAGCACUUAAGCUAUUAAAUUAUUUCCAUAUUUCAACAUCUUUAUUUUUUACAGUGCUGAUGGGCUACAUUAAAGAUAUCGACCUAAGAAGAAUCUUUGAACAUGAUGGUGCUGGUUGAAAAAAAUAGUUCAUGUAAUGCAGUUACUCUCUGAAUCCAUACCAGCAUUAGUGAAACAGCAACACUGACAACAGGAAUCAGAAAUGACAAAGCAAGCGCAAAAAUAAUCAACAGGAAAUCGGCUCACCAGAUUUUUGACUUAUUGACAUAUCAAACCCGCUGCAUGUUUGUUGCUGCUGUUUAUUAACAGUGUUUAAAUGAAUGCAUAAUUAAUCAUAAGUCUGUUAUAUGAUGGCUGAGUCAGUGAUGUUUAUGUGAGUUGUGCAUAGUUUAAGUGUUGGAGAUGCUGUUAGUCACACGCUUGUGUGCAUGAGCUGCCUCUUGAGAGCCUAUAACACUGUCCAGGCUGUAAUAAUGUCAUCUUAGCAACUGUUACCCCAGUAACUUCAUACAAUGUUUAUUCAGUCAGCAGGUAUGUAUGUGCUGCUGAGCCUGCCAACACUUUACUGCAAGUAGGCUAUCGUCAGUUCUUGUACGAUGAAGGCACAAAUAGUUGUAUGGAUAACUGAUGUUUUUAAGACUGCUGAUCAGUAACCACAUAAUAUUUGAAUCUGCAUCGCAUUAUGACCAAUCUGUAGACGAUCCUUGUAGUGGACACCAUUCAUUGGAGGGUUAAGUUUGACAGAGAUAUACAAGGGUUUGGUGUUGCAAGGUCAGGUUUUAGGAGUUAAAUCUCUUUGUGUCUAAUCUGUCUUAUUGGGGUGUUUGCUCUCCAAGACUAAAGUAACUCAUCCCUCAUUUCCUGGCCCAGCUACAGUUCAGUGCGUUGGAAUCAACGGUCAGCUUCGGUCUCCACUUAAUUGUGUGAAAAUACAAAUAGGAAACCUUAUUUUAUGGAAACUACAGUGAUGAAAAGGUGUUUGCCUCAUCAGCAUGCAUCAUGUGUGAUAGUUUUAGAAGUAUGUUGAUGCAUCAGGACCGGGGCUAGGUUGCACCAGCAGUUUGUGAGGACUAACUUUAAGAGGGCCAUAUAGUGCACAUUAGGGUUUUGUAACUUUUUCCUAAUUUGGUUGCACGACCAUAUUUAAACCCAAUGAAAAUGCUGUGGCAGGCCUGAUAAUCAUAAUACAGUUGUUUUAAACCAAGGACCAUGCUGUAGGCUAUUGUGUUUGAUGUUAGUGCAUGAGUCAUGCAAAUUAUCUAUAAAGCACCUUUUCAAGCCGUUUGUUUACCUCUUUCCCACUCUCCUGGCUUGUGAUCUCCAAUGGCCUAUUUCUGAUGCGCUCUUAGAGUCGAAUGAAUGAUUGAGGGUUUAAGGAGGUAAUCCUGCACUCUGCUGAGAUUUCUCUUAUCCGUCCAAUCCUUUCAUCUAUAUCAGUUCUGAAUAUAAAACGGUCAUCAUAAUCCAGCAAUUACAUUAAUAACUCAUAAUCUGUUAUUUUGUCCUCUUUGAGGAGCACACAGAAUUAAUGUCUUCUACAUGACAGUAUUGAUUUGCAUGUUUGUGCAUGCAUGAGCAUCUGUGGUGUUGUACACUGUAAACCUCUCUGUGCUCUUAUGCAUCAUCACUGUAAUGUUUAUUUGCAUGCUGGGAAAUAUUAAAGGGACUGUAAUGCUGUCUAUUGAGAAUAAGUCUUGGAUUAGUUCAGUCUGGUUAAACUGUGGAUUGGUCUUUGAAUGCAACUUUAAACAAAAAACGUGAUGAGAAAUGUUUUUUAUUAUAGUGCUGCUUUACAGUAAAUGAUGUUUUAGAAUUUUAUUUUAACUUGCAUUGUUAUUGUGAUAAUAAUGCAAUAUAUUAUUUUGAUUAUUUUCUUCAGAUCUUCAAACAAAAAUAUAAUGUCUGUGCUAUUUACUAGAACCGGCAGCUUUAUGAACAUGGAACAUAUUUUUUUGUAUUUGUGUUGGGAAUGAUUAGUUGUCCUGGUAAAGGGCCACAUCUAUGUGUCCUACUUUAACCUGCAAUAAGUUAUCUGUGCUUAGUACAUUGUCUUCAGAGUUGCACAUAAUAGGUGCUAGAACAGAUGACAACUCUGCAGUGAUGCCAAACAUUUCUGGUUUCCCAGAAAACCGUUCAGUCAAAGGUUUGACCCCUAUUUAUUCUGUUAUAGAUCUAUUGCAUUUUGAGAGGACAUGAAACAUUUGUCACGUAGAUUUGUUUUUGCUUUCAGCAUUACUGUAAAUGAAACAGUAACGUCUGGAUCACGACUCGAUGCGCAUAAAUGAAACUCAGCAUUUCCCACCCACCAGUCGAUAUAAGGAAAGACCCGCCGGAUCUCAUUGGAGGGAUAGUGACGUCAAGGAAACCCUCGCCACCGAGACAUUCUUAAUAUAACCAUGAACCUCCCGCACCGAGAGCUCAAAGCACAUUACUGCUCAAAACGUAGACGGGAUUAGCAUCGCAAAAAGCACGACCUAAUUCCAGGCUGCUAAACUGUAGACAUCUAAAAAGAAGCCAAUAACUUUAGAUCCUCAGUUCAAGGUUUUCUUAUUUCUAUUAAUGGACCACUUUUCCACAUUGAUGCGUUCUUAAAUUAGCUGAAUCGAUUUUUCAUUCUUGGAAAAGUCAAUAUCAAAGAAACCAUUUUCUGUCAGACUGAACGAGUUGUAGACAUGACUCUACUGACGAAUAUGCGGCGCCACAGUAUCCGCGUGCAGCAUCACCUGCACCGGUGGAGCAUUUGCGGGACGGAUGGAGGGCAGCUGUUGGGUGGUGGUGUGACGACCCCUGACAUCGGGUUUUCCCUUUCCAACUCGUGUUCGCGCUCCACCGAGAGCUGCACGUCAUCUUCUUCAGAUUCCAGCGAGUCUGCGGAUCCCUCCGCGAUCGGACCCUUUACAGUUGUGCUGCUCGGAGACAACGGCGUCGGAAAGUCAGGGCUCGCGAGUAUAUUCGCCGGAGCAUCGGAUAGUAUGGGGAGCGACUGCGAAUUAUAUGGAGGUGAAGUAUUCGAGCAGACAAUUAUGGUGGACGGGGAGAGAGCCACGGUUACACUGUUGGACACCUGGGAUUCACAGGAUGAGGGCAUGUGGACGCAGGAGCGGUGUCUGCAGACAGGAGACGCUUUCAUUAUUGUCUACUCUAUAACGGACCGAUCAAGUUUCCUUCGUGCCUCAGAUCUGCGAAUUCAGCUGCGGCGCGAGCGCCAGGCAGACCACACGCCCAUCAUUCUCGUCGGAAAUAAAUGUGACUUGGUCCGUUGCCGAGAAGUGUCCACUAGUGAGGGCCGUGCGUGUGCUUCAUUUUUUGAUUGCAAGUUUAUUGAGACAUCAGCAGCGAUGCAGCACAAUGUCUGGCCCUUGUUUGAUGGCAUCAUCCGUCAGCUGCGUCUGCGCAGAGACAGCGUGGAGAGCACCAGCACUUGGCAUUCUACUUAUAAGCGUCGCGAAAGUUUACCGAAAAAAGCAAAGCGUUUCAUUGACAAAAUUGUUUCUAAGAAGAACAAGCAAGCAGCCUUGAAGAUCAAGUCCAGAUCAUGCCAUGACUUAUCUGUACUUUAGUGUUGUUUUUAGGUUUUUGUAUGAAAGGAUUGUGAGAGAGUUUAAUGAAUAUAUUAAAUUAUGCUAAAUAUGAAAUCAAGUGUUUGUUUUACCCAGUUUGAGUGGCAUUGUAUGUCAUUUGUUAGAGAAGUCAUGAUGUCUAUAUUAGACUGUGCCAUUCAAAAGAAGACUUCUUGUUUCCUUGGUGAAGGAUAAAACACUUAAAAGAUAAGGCCAAUUGAAUAAUGCACAGGCCUUUUUUGGAAACCCCAAAAAGUCCAAGCUGCUCUUAAUAAGAUUCUUUCAAUUUUGUAUGAUCUUUCAGAUUGUAAAAACAAAUUUCUUGUACCUUGUGUUGUGUGUAAAAAAUCCUUUUCAAUCAUUUAGUUGUA